AUGGGCGCGCCUCCAGACAAGGGCAACUUGAAAUCUCCAAAGAGGGUUUCUUUUCAACAAGGCCUCGAGAAGGACGUCCAGCCCCUCCCCUUAAAGUCCGCCCUGCGCAAGCGUCCCUCAUUCCAGGAAGAGUCACCUGCCCAGGAAGAACCGACCAGUCCUGAGCACUACCCCGCCUUUCCGCCUGCCGACCCGGGAGUUUCAACGUCCUCUCAACAAGUCUUCACUCAUCACACAGGCCCGGGAGGAAUCCAAGCCGACCACAAGGCCGCGCCAUACCCUCCCUCCUUCAUCCCCGCGUCGCCUUAUCAACAACUCCAACCGUGGCAACUCGGCUACAACCAGCAAACCGCCCAGUGCCAGACCGUGAUCCCUUACCUCCCAACAACUUACCAAGUCAACAUGUCUCAGUACGCCCUCGCCCCGGCCAAUACUGGCGUCCAUUUCCAACCCCAGGUUGGCGACACCUCCACCGGCCCUGAGCUUCAUUACUAUACCCCGCGGCACGACGGACAGCUUGGUCUCCAGAUGCCUGUCCAGCAGGCCGCUCAGUAUAUGGCUACCGGAAUACCCGUUCCGAUGCAGCAGGUUCCCGGCGCCGCUCCGCCCGGUUAUAUCGUCCAGCAGCCUGUCAUGCCGCAGCCUGCCAUGCAGCCGGUCUUGGUCCAGGCCCAACCUGUCCCCGGCCAGCCCAUGAUGAUGGCUCAGCCCCAGCCUGCGUACGCCCCGGGCGCGACCGUGAUCGUUGCAGGUAAUGCUCCAGUUGCCCCCAUGCCUGCGGUCCCCGGUGCCGUUCAUCCCGAGCCCGCUCUCGGCGUGGGCCUCACCGCCAGUGAGGUUGCCGCAAACAACGAGCAGAUCGCUUAUGAGAACAACAUGGAUGAGGCACAGGAUUUUAAGCCCGCCGACGAUGACCCGUCUCGCAUGUAUCGCUGCCGUGAGGUCGACGGAAACUGGACCCUGCGCAACAGGUUCACGAUUGACAACCUUGGCGACUGCCGCUGGUACAUGACCGACGAUGGCGUCUUCUAUGCCGUCCGCAUGCAGUCCUAAACCUGGAUGGAGAUAAGGAGACGGGUUUCUUGACACCAUCACCAUUCAUCAUUGGCAAGGUUCGGCAUUUUGCGGGUUCGGUCACUGGCGCUUGGGAUUGCGUCUUUUGUUUUGAUUCUGGUUUUCCUCUUCAUUCUGCGAUCAAUCGGCUCAAAGGGUUUGCCUUCAGUGGAAGCAAACAGAGGCUUGAAGUUUCCGGAGGUAACAAUUGUGAUUGGCACAUUGAGUCGACGUCAAACUGUUACCUGGUUUAGUUCUUGCUUGACAUCGCAAGCAGAUGGAUGCAUGAAAGUAGGAGUGGCAACAGGCAAUUGCGUUUGUAGAAUGUUUGAUACUUAGAUAUCGGCCCCUUCACAGCAGUGCUUAAUCAAAUAUCCAGUUGUCUAG